GCUAUGGAGGCAAUACAAGAUCUUUCUGCAGAACAUGAGCAACCGACUGUGGCUGCCUCGGCAGAUGUGGUCGACGAUAUGACCAGCUUUUUUGGUGGCCAAGAGGAACUGCGAUGUACUUCCGACAAGCCAACCGCCUUUAACGACAAUCGAAGCUGUCCUAUCAACGACGUCCUCCCCAUAUGCAACGAGCUACUCUUUGACAUCUGCAUGGAGCUUCGGGAAAAGCGUGGUGGCUUGUUGUCCUUAGUUUGCUUUCCAACUGACGAACCAAAAAGAAUUCCUCCUCGAAACGUUGACUGCCAGCGUUCGAAAAAGUCUCUUCUAUGGCUGCUGCGAACCCAUGGAUGCAUUGAAAAGCUCAAAUUGCGAUGUAACUGGAUGACAGUUCACAGCUGUAUAUUGCUUGAACUGACCGAAUACUCUCGCCUGAAAAGGCUCAAGGUGGAUUGUCCUUGUGGAGACACUGUGAAAAGAAAUAUUGUGACACUCCUGUCCAGACUUGUCCAUCUAGAAGAACUGCAUGUCUACGUGUCUGAGAAGUCGGACAUUCUUGUGGCUGCCAUAUCGGCUCUGCUGAGAAACACCGCCUGCCUUACUUCACUCGUUUUCCGAGCACAUUCUGAGAACCAGCUGUCACAGACAUUUAUUCAUGCCCUUGCCACAAACUCGACACUGGAGUACCUCGAAAUAUUGGGGAAAUGGGACACCGCAGAGCCACCAGGGCCCUUCUGGUCAUACGUCAAAAGUAACGAAUUGCUCUCAAAACUGUACCUUUUCGGAGAAGAACUCGAUCAUGAAGGGUCCUUGCUUGAAGAGGCGCUGGUUUGCAAUUAUCAUAUCUCCACGCUUUACAUUCAUAAAGUUUGUGGCGGUGAAAGAACUGUAAAUGUUUUGACCAGGAUACUCGCAGAAUGUAUUAGCCUAAAGAAUCUCACUCUCGGUGACUCACGUGACGAAUUUAACAUUAUAUCAGAGGCAGCACUAAACGGCUGCAUGAAUGUCCUGGUUGUAAACAACACACUGGAAGAACUCGAGCUUUCGUAUUCCCUGUGGCAUCCAACGAACUGGAUCACUUUCUUGGCAUUUUUACCCAAUAACAAGCAUCUCAAGACACUAGAGGUUACUAGCUCGUUCUACCCUGAUUACAAAAUGUAUCUGCCUGUUCUUGAAGCUCUACAGCAGACAAAUUCGCCAGGACGCAUUUCUUUCGGGUGUUAUAUGCCCACAACAGUGGAACUAGACCUUUUGCGCUUCCGUGCCUUUUCAGGCGUUUGUAUUGAAGGAGCGUUGAAAGAGAAAGUAGAUACUUUGCAAUCACUACUCACAUUGAAUCACCUAACUUCCGUCGUAAUAGAUUCACGUGAGUGCGAUCAACAGUUGUUCGACUGUAUGGCCAAGUACAUUAAAGAAAAAACUGUGUUACGAGGAAUAAUCCUUUUCAUAUCGAAUACAGCGGGAGAUGCACCCGCAGCAUGCUGGGAGCCCCUCUUCGAAUCUCUCUCGUCAAACACCAGCAUCAGAUAUCUCAGGAUUAUUGUACGCGGCCACUUCUCGUAUGCUGGCCACCUCGCUCGUGCUGUCGGGCGCAGCAGGUCCAUAACGCAAAUGUUCUAUGAAGAGUAUCGACCAGAAUGGGACCCCAGUGGCUUCCUUUCACCAUUGUCCAGGGAACUCGACGAGAACUACAAUCUCUUAGAAGUCUCCCUCUCCAACACUGCUAAAAUGGAUGCCGAAACAACGUGCUGCUGGUUCAAAGUCAGGGAAGUGUCCAGAAGGAACUCUGGCCUGGUGAAACGUGCUGGUGCCGCCAUUCAGUCUCCUACACUCGAUUGGUACGCCGCCAACGCACUGGAGAAAGUUUCGCGGCGGCCAGUUCUUGUAAGAGAGCUCGCCGAAAAAGAGGGCCUAGCUGUGGACGAAGUGGCCAAGAUGCUACGAAGCCGUCUCGUGAGCGUCGACGGAAUGAACGACUUUAUGAGACUGACCGGCGUCGUCAAGAAAGCAGUGAUGUGUGCGCCACCUGUCGACGGCUGUAACUUUCAAAUUCAAGACCUGAAUGUUGACUGCUGGCGCUUGGUGAGGCGUUACCUGAGCUUCGACGAUGUGAAGCGCUGCCCUGUCGCUAAGCCGGACGACCCUAUGGCUGAAUAAAGCAGAAGCAAAGAGUGAGCCAAGGGCAAUAAGUACAUUAUAACCACUAUUCUCUAUUCUGAGUGGUUUCUCCAGUGUUACA